UUAGGGGUUGUAAGUUUUGUAUGCACCCAAAUCCAAGUCCAACCAAUAUUCACAAACACCAGCUCACUCACUGGUUUCCCUCUCAAAACUCAAAUAUUUGAACCAACAACACAAUGCCUCUGCUUCUGCCUGCCCUUUGAAUCACUCACGCGCCACCAUGGACGACGCAAACGGUGGCGCAGUACCUCCACCACCACCGUGCCUCGUAUCUAUCGCCCCAUUCUCCUCCCGCCGGCGCCGCCUCUCCGCCACCUUCGUGCGGCAGAGCCUCCCUGUCUCGCCAGUGGCAUGGAUAUCCCUCCAGGGACGGCUCAUCAACGCCGAAGAAGCCAGCUCGGCGAGAAUCAUCCGCGGUGGCUUAACCUCCGAACAAGCCCUCGCCUGGGACCUCUUCCCUCCGAUCCACCGGUUCCUCAUCGUCGCCGUCAUAGGCGCCGCCGUCGCUCAGUCGCAGAAAAACCGUCAGAUAUGGUACCUUCAGAAGUCCGUUGAACUCAGAGACCAGGUGCUAUCAAGCAUGCAGCAGAAGCUGGACAAUCUUUGUGAGCAGGUUAACACUUCUAAAGAAAACUCACCAGCUGCCAUCAAGGAUAGUGAACUGAAACUGGAUGAUGAAGCUUUCGGCACCGAGAAGAUUAAGUUUGUUGAUUGUGGUUGUUGGCAUUGCGAACGGCAUUCUCCCUUUUUUAAUGAAUCCAUGCAGGAUGCCUCUGCUAUGAGAGCCUCCAGUGGAAAUGAGGUGCUCCAAUAUAAGAUGCCUUGCAGUAAUGAAGAGCAAGAGGAGCGAAGAAUGUCCGAUUUGUCAGACUUAGCUUCAAGUGUGACAUCUGCAGCUGAUAUCCAGUUGAACAACUUGGCUGUAGAACAAGAUAUUUAUAAUCUUAAGAGAGACUGUGAAGAGAAGAAUACGACAAUUAAAGAGCUAACCACUCAGCUGAACUAUUCUGAAGUUGCUAAUAGCAAGAGGGUUACUGAAUUAGAAGACAUUAUACGAAGGAAGAAUACAACAAUUACUAAAUUGAAGAAUGAUUUGGUGGUUCUUGAACAAAAGGUUGUGCAACUUACAAGACUCCGUAGAGCCUCCUUCUCUGCUAGUACUUCAAAUUGCAGCCCACUGCCGCAAAUGAGAGAUAACCUCGUUUAUGAUAUGGAUAGCACCACUAGUCCCUCAUCUUCUGAUACAGAUGGUUCUCCUGCUAACAAGGCACAAGAUCCUCAAGUUGAUGUCAUUGUCUCGAACCAGGGUUCUGCUUCCGGGAUUGAUCAGAUACCUAUGCCAGCAGAAGUCUUCAGUUCUUCAGGCAGAGUCUUUGAACGCCGCUCAAAAACAAAAUCGCGAUCCAUUAGUCCUCUUAAAGAGGUUUCAAUGAAUCGGAAAUCUAAUGCUGCUUCUUCUUCUUCAAGUCCAAAGCAAUUGUCAGCUCGUGGGGACUUGAAAAAGAGUAGAAGACGAUCUCUUAAUGGACCUAAGAGUGCAACUGCACUUAAGAGAUGGGUACAGUAAUGAGUUGCUAUGGGACGCAGGUCGAGGGUAAAGGAUUCGCUAUGUUAUGCAGUUAGCCAGCGGGAUCAAAUAGUGUUAAAUAGGAUGUAGUAAAUAUGCCAGAGGAGUAUAGUGAUAUAAAUUAUUUACUUGAGUUUUGGCACAUUAUGGUUUAGAUUGAUAAAUUACUUAUGGCCGCAGCAGGGAUUUUAUUCAAAUAUAGGUAGCGUUGUCUAAUGCAAUGUUGUAAAACUUAGACUCUGUCAUGAGUAAAACACUAAAACUUAUUGCAUUCCAUGAAUAUAACCAGUUUAUGAAGUAAA